AUGAAUUUCCAUUUCUUCGACCAAGAUCAACAGCAGCCAAGAAUAUCUGAUAAUAUAAACCAAGAAGUAGAUAUGGAAAUAUGGGAAGAAAUUGUAUCAAAUUCGAGCACAAGUGAUGAUAACGAUGACUACGAUGAAGAAUUUUAUAAUCAAUUAAUUAACGAAACAUCUUUACAACGCAUAGCACGAUUUCAUCAGACUAUUCAAUACAUGUAUGAACAUGGUAGAUUAAAAACUGAUAAAGAAAACGGCCAAUUAAAGAUUCGUUUUGCCAACGAUCAUCUCAUUAUACCAUACGAUUCAUUAGAAUUUAUCAUGGAUCGUUCAAAAACAAGUUUAUCGUUUACUAGUUUUCAGAUAUCCGAAUGGCUCUAUAAACAUGCCGAUCAGAUGAAAAAUUCACGUACCGGAAACAUUAUUUUAACAUUCAAAGAAAAGUCAUAUGAAUUGCCUUUGAUAAAAACGCACGAAACUAAAUAUGACAGUGGUGGAAUACAUGGUGUUCGAUUCAAUUUAGAUAUUGGUUGUGCACGUGACAAAAAUAAGUACAAUUAUCUUUGUCAACAUAUACUACCAUUACGAUCAAAACAAUUUAUUAAUUUAAAAAUAGACGAUCAUGAUGCAUUAAUCACACGUCGUUAUUCAGUUGAUAUUCGACAAUUUUCUAAUUUACGAACAUUAAUCAUUCCACACGUAUUAUUUGAAGAAUUUGCUCAAAUUCGUCCAACUAUCUUUCCAUAUCUAACAUCUCUAAAAAUAAGUAGCGCUUUGUGCAAUUCUCAAACAUAUUUUCAACUAUGCGAACAAAUAUUUGCAACGAAUAAGUUUCGAAUUUUGAGAAAAUGUAGUUUAUAUUUACUCAGACACAAUCUCACUGUUUCAACCAUAUGUCAGCUGGAAUAUUUAAAAAUAAAUUUAUGUUCAAUGCAAAAUUUUUAUGUUUUAAUCCAGAACUUAAAAUUAAAAGUAUUUAUUGUCGAUUUAAGAAGCGAAAUAAGAAUACCCACUACAACAAUAACAGAUCAUUUUAAUUUGGGUGUUGGUGACAGAAUGACAUUUCAAGACUUGGAACAGUAG